AUGGGUCGCAUGCACGCUCCCGGAAAGGGCAUUUCGUCCUCCGCUUUGCCUUAUCGCAGAGCCCCUCCAACAUGGUUGAAGACCACCCCGGACGAUGUCAUUGACCACAUCAUCAAGCUUGCUCGCAAGGGUUUGACCCCUUCGCAGAUCGGUGUCACCCUCCGUGACUCCCAUGGCAUUCCCCAAGUCCGUUUCGUCACCGGAAACAAGAUCCUCCGUAUCCUCAAGUCCCAUGGAUUGGGACCAUCCAUCCCUGAGGACCUUUGGCACCUCAUCAAAAAGGCGGUCGCCGUCCGCAAGCACUUGGAAGUUAACCGCAAAGAUAAGGACUCCAAGUUCCGCUUGAUUCUUAUCGAGUCUCGCAUCCACCGUCUUGCUCGCUACUAUAAAACCAAGCAGCAAAUCCCUCCCACCUUCAAGUACGAUUCGGCGACGGCUUCCACUUUGAUCGCUUAA